AUGGGAAAGACGCUGCUUCGCAACGUCAUCAGACACACGGAUGCACACAACAAGAUCCAGGAGGAGACGGACAUGUGGAAAAUGCGUGAGUGGGAGCUCCAAACGCCCCAACGCAAACAUGUGCCAGCAGCCAGCAGUAUGAGGGGGCACAUGCACUGUGAUCGAGAGUCAAAUCCUUCCAAACCCAUCAGCAGAAGCAGAGUUUCAGAGCAUGAUGACAGAGAGGCCAGAUACUGGACGAAACAACUCUACGAGUUUGAAGAUAAGGACCCUGAUAGAUGGGGACACAGUGGCUUUAAAGAGCUCUACCCAGAGGAAUUCAAUAGUGACAGUGGUUCCAGUGAUUCGCAGAAAACCAUCAGCAACAAUGUUAAAAAAUCUAAAUCUGGAAAGGAAGCAAAACUAUCUAAGCACAAGAAAAAAUCUUCUCACAAGAAAAAGAAGAAAAAGAAGACAAAAGAGGAGAGCAAGCCAGUAAAGGCUGAAUGCCGCAGCAGUGAGUGUAAUGAAAGUGGUGCUGUUAAAGACACACGAAGGAAAAGGACCAAAAGUCGACAUAAAAACAAGAAAAGUAUGAAAAGAUGUAGGGACUCUGACAGCAGCUCAGUAGACAGUGACAGUGAGAAGGACAAAGAGACACACUCAUCCAGGAGAAAAAAACGCAAGCAGGCCUCUCACAAACCCUCUGACUCUGAACCGGACUCAGAGGAAAACAGGAGGAAAGAUUGGAGGGCAGCAGGGGAGGAGAAUUCAGAUGGAAGUUCUGGAGAUUGA